AUGCUGGGACUACUAAGAACUAUCUGCCUCCGGCAAGACGUGUUGGUCAUAUCCGCCCUGACCAUCUCCUCGUGGAUCGUAACUAGUUACGCCGUGAUUCUCCCAUACAGGCGGUACGUUCGGCUCGUGGCCCUUUGUGGUUUGACCGCGAGCGCCGGCGGAGCAGCCUACUACAGAGGGGUUACUGCUAUCCCUGGAUACGAGCCUGUCUUUGGUACAGUCCUAUCUUUUCUCGCCCUACGAGGUGUGGAAAUCCUAUAUCUCCGCACUUCUCCGCAGAAUGGUCACGUACCUCACGCAGAGGGCGAAACGGAUCAUAGCAUGCCUCACCCAUUUAGGCAGGGGCUGAAGCUGCUUCUUGAUACGAGAGACGUGGGAAACCAGUUCCAAUGUAGAAACCUGCCUACGUUUGGCCAUUCCAACGCCCUGCUCGUCCCAAGAAAAUCGAACCUCCUUCCGUGGUCAAUAUGGACCUGUCUUUUGGGGAUCCCAUACGUCUAUUUCAUAGGAGCGACAUAUGUGAUGGACAUACCCCACUUGACUCUCCGAGACGGCAUCCCCUAUAUUCGACUUGAAGACACGACCAUCACGAGAACAGCCUCACGGGCUGCAUUAAGCCUUGGUUUCUGGGCUGUUGCCUACCUCCACUUGCAGAUUCUCUAUGCCACAGUUUGCAUGGCGACUAUUUUACUCUUCAACUACCCGGAAAUGUAUCUCCCACCACUUUUCGGUCCCCUCACGGCAAUAAACAGUGUUCGUGGAUUCUGGGGGUGA